UAUAUUCGAAGCGAGAUGUCGCACGCAGCCAGCGUCAGUCUCAAUCUCAGCGAGGCCAUCGCUGCGGCGGGCCAGUGUGGCGCCACAGCCGCCACCGGCCUCUCAGCCAUCGGACUCUUCGGCGGCAUGGUCAGCAUGCUGCUGCAGGCCCUGCUCUCGGCCCAGUGCCAAGUCUCACCCGCCAGCAAGUGGCCAGCCGACUACGAUGGGGACCUGGACGAGGAGCCCUACGAUUUUGUGGUGAUCGGAGCCGGUUCCGCGGGCUCUGUGGUGGCCAGCCGCCUCAGCGAGAACCCGGAUUGGCGAGUGCUGGUCCUGGAGGCUGGCGGAGAUCCACCCGCGGAGGCUGAGCUGCCAGCCUUGUUCUUUGGCCUGCAGCACACGGAAUUCACGUGGAACUACUUCGCGGAGCCGAGCGAGCUGGCCAGUCGCGGCCUCAAGGAUGGACGCGUCUACUGGCCGCGCGGGCGCAUGCUAGGCGGCUCGGGAUCGGCCAAUGCGAUGCUCUACCUGCGAGGCAAUCGGCGGGACUACGACGGAUGGGCGGCACUGGGCAACGAUGGCUGGAGCUAUGACGAGGUGUUGCCUUUCUUUGAGCGCUCGGUGAGGGCCCAGGGAAACGAGAGCCACCCGAAGGGCUACGUGACCCUCAAUCCGUUUGAGCGGCAGGACGAUGACAUCCACCAGAUGAUCAUCGCGGGCGGCCUGGAGCUGGGCGUGCCCCAUGUGGCCGAGUUCGCGGAGGGCAGCGAGACGGGCUACGGCCAUGCGCCGGGCACCGUGCGGCAGGGGGAGCGCAUGAGCACGGCCAAGGGCUACCUGGCAGCGGUGGCCAAAGCGCGGCCCAAUCUCCACAUCGUCAAGCAUGCGCUGGUCAAGCAGCUGCACUUCCACAAGGAUCUACUCCAAGGCAUUAGCUUCGAGCGCAAGGGCCGCCUGCAGCGCGUCGAGGUGGCCAAGGAGGCUGUGCUCUCGGCGGGCAGCAUCGACUCCCCGGCGCUGCUGCUGCGCUCCGGCAUUGGAGGCCGCGAGCAGCUCCAGGAGCUGGGCAUUCCGCUGCAGUUGGAGCUGCCGGGCGUGGGCAAGAAUCUGCAGGAUCAUCUGGUCGUGCCGCUCUUCCUGCGCCUCAACGAGGGCCGGACGCAGGCUGCCACACAGCAGGAGAUCCUGGACAGCAUAUACGAGUAUCUAAUCCAUCGCACGGGUGAGCUGGCCACGCACGGCACGGCCUCGCUGGUGGGCUUCGUCAACACCAAUGGCAGCAGCAUCUAUCCCGAUGUGGAGAAUCAUCAUCUGUUCUUCCGUCGUGGCCGCCACGACCAGCUGGAGGUGUUCCUGCGCGGCGUGUCCUUCCAGGAGCAGUAUCUGCAGCAUCUCCAGUCCCUGCUGCGUGACUCCGAGCUGCUCUGCGUCUUUCUGCUGCUCUCCCAUCCCCAGGCCAAGGGCGAACUGCGCCUGCAGAGCCGCGAUCCAGCCCUGCCGCCACUCCUCGUCAGCAACUACCUGUCGGAGCGGGAGGAUGUGGCCACCGUGCUGCGCGGCAUUCGCCACAUCGAGUCGCUCGAGCGCACCCAGGCCUUCCAGGCCCAGCUGGCCGAAAUGGUCCACAUACCCAUCGAGGAGUGCGACGCGCAGCACGCGUACCGCAGCGAUGGCUACUGGAGCUGCUAUGCGCGCCACUUCACCGUCACCUGCUACCACCAGACGGGCACCGUCAAGAUGGGCCCCGCCACCGAUGACCAGUCCUGUGUGAGUCCCCGCCUCCAGCUCCAUGGCGCACGCAAUCUGCGCGUGGCCGAUGCCAGCGUCAUGCCCAACGUGGUCAGCGCCAACACCAAUGCGGCCACCGUAAUGAUUGCCGAGCGCGCAGCGGACUUUAUUCGCGACGAUUGGCAGCACUCGGAAAGGCAGCACCUCAAGGUGCAGCACAUGCACGCGGAUGAUUUGUAGCCAAGCCAGGCAGCGGCAAGCUGUCGGUUUGGUUACUUGUGUGGGAGCUAGUCUUAAUUUAUAUUAUUUGGUUUCUCUUUUGGGUAAAGAAUAAAGCUCAAAGGUAACCCAAA